AUGAAUAAAUUUAAACGAAAACUGGUUUUCAAUGAAUUAUUAGAGGAACCAACGAAAAAAUUUCGAAAUCAUUUAAUAACAUGUCUUGAAUACUUAUCAAAUGAAAUCUUUUAUGAAAUAUUUGAUUAUUUGAAUGGUUGUGAAAUAGUUGAAACAUUUUCUAAUCUUAAUUCUCGAUUUAAACAACUACUUUACUCUUCAUCACUUCUAAUUAAAACUCAUUUUUAUUUAUUUAAUUAUGACAAGAUGAUAAAUACAUUUAAUGAAUUAGAAAUAUUCUCAACUGAAAUAUAUUCAAAUUUAAAAAUCUUAUCUAUUCAUUGUUCAGAUAAUAUUAUUUUUCUUGACGCUUAUCGAUGGAAAAAAUUAAUUUUACAUUAUUAUCCUCAAUUAGAAAUAUUCUAUUUCAUAUAUUAUGAUCGUAUGAAUAAUGAUAAUCAAUAUUCAACAUAUUCUUAUGGUUUAAAUCAAUUUUUCUCAUCAUUUUGGAUUCAACAUAGAUGGAUAUUCAACGUACAAAUUGAUAAUACAGAUAUCAAAUAUAUGGUUUAUCCAUAUAGAAACACGUGGUAUAAUUAUAUACUUGAAGAUAAAAAUAUUCAAUAUUCAACAUCAACAUCUUUAAAAUUGAUUAGUUCUGAUACAUUAUAUGAUGAUAUGAUGAUCGAUGACAUAAAACGUAUUUUAGUAAUCACACACGUUUAUCACUUAAAUAUUCAUAAAACACCAACAUCAAUUUGUUUAUUAAUCCGAAUGAUAGACAUAUUACCUGAUUUAUUAACAUUAAAAAUUUAUUCAUUAUUAUUAGAUGGAGACAGAGGAUUAAACAUGGAAGAAUUUUCUAUUUUUUGUGCAAAAAGAAAUCGAAUUAAUGCUGUUUAUGUUGAAGUGCUCAACAAUAUACAUUGCGUUGGUAGUUUGUUCAUGAAAUUACACAGGAAUAAUCAUUAUCUUCAUUCAUUAUGUUUUCACGAAACAGCAGCGAAUUAUCAAACAAUUGAAUAUUUACAAGAAAUAAAUAAAUAUGAACAAUUACUUGUUGAUUUUACAAUUAAACGUAUAAAUAAUAAUAUCUAUUUACAAUGGAAAUAA